UGUACAACUUUAUCAUACACACACACACACACACACGGUCAUUUCAGCUGUCUUCACUCUGGAACUGAACAGCUGCUGUAUGAAGACGUUAAACAUACAUAUCGAUCUCUUUUAAAGCCGUUUUAUUUCGGGUUUUUUUUUGUGUGGCAGCCAUGAUCAGCCGCAACUUCAAGAACGUACUGGUGGUCUCUCUCGGGUUUCUGUCUCUGUUUACAGCGUAUGGAGGCCUGCAGGGCUUACAGAGCAGCCUGAAUGCGGAGCAGGGGAUGGGCGUGGCGUCUCUGAGCGUCGUCUACGCCUCCAUCAUCAUCUCCUCCAUGUUCCUGCCGCCCAUCAUGAUCAAAAACCUCGGCUGUAAAUGGACCAUCGUGGCGGGCAUGGCGUGCUACGUCUCCUACUCCUUUGGGAACCUCUUCCCUGGCUGGUACACCCUGAUUCCCACCUCGGUGAUCCUGGGUUUGGGCGGCUCUCCAAUGUGGUCGGCUAAAUGCACCUACCUCACCAUCUCAGGGAACAUGCAGGCCGCUAAAGACGGCAAGAAGGGCUCGGAUGUCAUCAACCAAUACUUUGGCAUCUUCUUCUUCAUCUUCCAGUCCUCGGCCGUGUGGGGAAACCUCAUGUCGUCGCUCAUCUUCGGACAGGACUCCAAUAUAGCUCACAUCCCUGAGGAGCAGCUGUUGAGCUGCGGAGCUGCAGACUGCGGUCUCAACAUCUCCAUGAACUCCACGACAAUCAAACCUGCUCAGAAGCUGGUGUGGACGCUCGUCGGAUGCUACAUCGGCGUCGGUGUGCUGGCCAUCCUGAUAAUCGCAGUGUUUCUGGACAACAUCGACCAGGAGCAGACCAGCGAGUUUCGUGGCAAUAGGGAGCCGUUCCUUCAAACGUUUCUGGCCACGUUCAGACUGCUGAAGGACUGGAGGCUGGUCGCCCUCAUCCCUCUCACCAUGUACAGCGGCUUCGAGCAGAGCUUCCUCUCCGGGGAGUACACCAAGAACUAUGCCACAUGUGCGCUGGGGAUCCAUUACGUCGGCUUUGUCAUGAUGUGUUUCGGAGCCGCUAAUUCUGUUUGCUCAUUCCUCUUCGGGAGAAUCGCUCGCUACACGGGGAGAGCCGCACUGUUCUUUCUGGCUGCGGCUUCCAACUUCUGCUGUAUCAUUGGUCUCUUAUACUGGAGGCCUCAUCCGGACCAGCUCCCCGUGUUUUUUGUGUUUCCUGCUCUGUGGGGAAUGUCGGACGCUAUCUGGCAGACGCAGACCAAUGCUCUUUACGGCGUCCUGUUUCCCCGGGAAAAAGAGGCGGCGUUCGCCAACUACAGGAUGUGGGAGUCGCUUGGUUUCGUUAUCGCCUUCGCCUACAGCACCUUCUUAUGUCUGGAGUAUAAACUGUACAUCCUCCUGGCCGUGCUGGUUCUCACCGUCAUCACUUACCCCAUAGUGGAGUACAACGAACACAAGAGCCCCACGCCGCCUAUCGAGGGAACCUACACGAGUCACAAAGACAUCCUAAAAAAAGACGAGAGCGCAAUCAUAUGCCAGACACCGAUGUAGAGACUGAAGAUCAGGAGUUAUUAUUUUUUUUUUUUACAUCCUGGUAUUUGUGUGGAAAUGUUCAAAUUGCAUAAAAAUACUGAACUGUCGGACUCACACUGGGCAAUCCGUCCGGUGCCAAAGCACGCUUUAACCCUCAAACUCCAGACCGUUUGACUAGUGUGAGUUCUCCGAUCCAGGCUCAAGCACUGUACACCUUCUUGGCCCUGGUGGCUCAUUGGAAGAAGUGUGCUUCCACGGCUUACGGCUCUAUCCGACGAAAAUAACUCAAAAUAAGCCACAAAAUCAGUAAAGUUGCAGUCUCGUUCUCUGAUGUGCAAACGCGGACUUGACCGCCCGUCUCUCUUUUAUUUUUUUUUGUAAACUAAGCAUGCUUCAUGUGUUGUAUUACGACGUUGUGUCCAAGAGGUGACCGUGCUCGUGCCCGGGCCCGGUUACUCCUGGAGCAGUGUGAGUGCAGGCCAGCGGGGUGAAUCACUCUUCAGCACGGUACGGGAAAACUUUGUCUAGAGUGAGUGCACCAUUAAAGAAAGUUUUAAAGUCAA